AUGACACCAGGAACAUUCGUUCCGAUGGACGGGCCCUCAGUGGUUCAAGACAGCGUCUCUUCUAUCAACAGUAUUCCAGGCCGCUCCAUCCUCCUUGGCGUGAUACUUGUGGUGAAUAGUGUAUGGCUUUUGGGGAAAGUGAUUAUGAUAGUGGGCUGGGGCAAUGACAAUGGAAGUGAUGCUAUUACCAGUAAGAUUCCCCAGAAUUAUCCACCUACGAUCAAAGACAGAACAAGUGCUACGACUACUUCUAUGGAGAGAAACAACACCUUUGAUACAUGUGGAGUCCCUGAUCUGGUCGAAGUCGAUGACCGUUAA